CCGGUGACUUGAGGAACAGCAGCCAUUUGGUCGACGACGAAAAACAUCGUCAUGAAACGUCAUACGCAGUAUAUACAGAAAUGAACGUGUUGUGUGCAAACUGCCUCGUCUUAAGCAAACUAUGAACCUACUGUAAGUCGUUUUUAAGAAGUAUCUUGCUAUUUAACUCAUACUGAAGCUGAAAACGGAUCUGACGUCGCCCACAGCUGCGAAAGUGAAACCAAAAGUGAUCCUGAGACAAAAUGCAACGAGGACAACAGAUGGUUUAAGAUGGAUUCAGAUCAGGCUCAUGUCAGCGUCUCCAGGGUUGUCCUGGUCCACUUCUGUCUGCUGUUCUGUGAUCUUCUCUUCUGGGCUUGUGUAUGGGCGAUACUGCUGUGGCUGGAUGGAGAGGGCAGUCUAGAUCUAUGGUGCCUGUGGGCUCUCAGGACCAUCACCUUCGCCGGGCUUUAUUUAUUGAGCACACUUGUCCCAGAAAGCAACCUUAAACCUCUCCUGAAGCGCUGGGUCGCACUGUUGAGCUUCUUACCUCCAGUGUUCGACAGUAUGCAGAUAUUGCUGGAUGGCACCCUGAGGGGCUUCAAUCCUGUUCCUGAUCCUGGUAUGGUGAUUCUCAGCUCUGCUACGUCGAUCCUCAUUUAUAUGGUGUGGGAAAUGGCCUUCCCACAUGGUGGAUCAUCUAAGGGUGGCAGAAACCAGAAGAAAGAUGAAGAGGCCAGAGCACUUUUAAUGAGGGUCAUUCGCUACUCCAGGCUUGAUUAUCUUUAUCUAGGAGCUGCUUUUAUCUUCCUCAGCUUGGCGGCACUGUUUGAGACGUUCAUCCCAUACUGUACUGGAAAGGUUAUUGACAUAUUGAGUGGAAAAUACCAGCACAGCAACUUCACUUGGGCCAUUUUACUCUUGGCACUGUGCUCACUUGGAAGCUCUAUGUUCAGCGGUCUUCGCGGAGGGAUGUUCAUGUUUAGCCUCAACAGACUGAACAAGAGAAUACGGAAUUUGCUGUUCCAGAAUGUCAUGAAGCAGGAGAUAGACUUCUUUGAUGAAAUCAAACCAGGUAAUCUGGCAUCCCGUUUGAUCUCCGACACUGAUAAAAUGGGACGUGCUGUGGCCAUGAAUGUGAAUGUGUUACUGCGGAGCAUGGUGAAGACUUGCGGCAUGCUAUACUUCAUGCUGGGUGUCUCUUGGCAAUUAACUCUCCUCACCUGCAUCGAAAUGCCACUUCUUGCUUUCCUUCAGAAUUCAUACAACAGCCUCUCCCAGAAAACCUCCAAAGAGCUUCAAGACUGUAAUGCAGAGACUGGAGAGUUGGCGUCUUCUGUCAUUGGCUCGAUAAAGACUGUUCGCAGUUUUAAAGCAGAGUGUCAAGAACAGCAGCGAUAUGAACAGACUAUCAACAGGAAGCUCCAGGUUUUGAGGCGUAAAGGCUUUUACAGUGCCGUUUAUCUCUUAAUACGCAGGGUAAUUCACACACA